CGGGGUUUGGUGUUUGAGAAGUCAAUAAGAGGAGUGAAAAAUAAUUCAUUAGUUGUUACCUUUCUCUAAAUCUAAAGGCACAAGCUAGAUUAUAGCCAGUGUCUUAAGUAGAUGAACAUGUUAUUAUUCCAACCUCGGGAAAAUGACAAACUGACACGCUUUUUUAUUUUCGUCAAAAACAACUUUAUAUCGAAGGAGUGACUUUGUUGGCGGCUUGCACAUGCGCAGUUUGGCGCAUGAUGCUCGUUAGACCCAACGUACUGCUUCUACGCAUGAGCUUUGCUAGUCAACUUCGCCAUGACAUCGCCUACCAAAGAAUCGGGGAUUUCUAUUGGAGAAGUACUUUUAGUCUAUCUGGAUAUUCCAUACAAUGUAACUAACUCACUGUUCCACCAAACAUGUAAUUGCUCAGCGCCAUCUACAGAUAUUAGAUUAGUGAUGCACUUUAAACGUUGAGUGCAGUGACAUCACAGGGUAAAACUUAGUUAAAAAUAUCUUUGGUAACCUGUGGUAACAUUUAGACCUGCAAUGGAAAAGCAUCAUGCAAUAAAGGCAUUUUACUACCGGUAAAGAACCAAGUUCCUUCCUCGUCUCUUCAACAGAGUAGUGCAGAUGUGUUCUAUCAGCCCACACAGGGGAUGGUCUUCCACACAGCAUCACUACCAACAGUAUCUCUGCACAUGUGGGUUGUGAGACAGCAGAGCUCCAGUGGAGAGAGUGUGUUAGCCUGAGUGAGCCCUGAGCCUACUGCAGGAGUUCUACACGCAUCCAAGUCUAGCCUUAUCCAGCCCAAUCCAGCCAUUUUCUGACCUGCCAAGCCCAGCCGAACCCAGCACAGCCCGAUCAAGCUCUUCACAACCCAGCCAUGGAUUCCAUGUCCUCCCUGAGCUCCUCAACCUCCUGCCCCUACCUGUACCUCUGGAGUAGCAAAAUCACCAACAACAGCAGUAGAAGCAGUAUUAGCAACAAUGUGAUUCUGGAGCACUACAACCACACAGGGCGCCUGCAGCACCGCGGGCCACGCCAAGGUGGCCUGAGCUUGGGCGCGUCCCUCUCCCUCUUCAUCAGCAUCCUCAUCAUCCUGGAGAACCUGCUGGUCCUGGUGGCUGUGCUCUCCAGGAUCCGCAACAGCCACCGCUGGGUCUACGUGUGCAUCGCCAACAUCACCCUCAGUGACUUGCUGGCUGGGGCGGCCUACGUGGUCAACAUCUGCAUGUCUGGCAGCCAUACGUUCAGACUGAGCCCAGCUCUGUGGCUGUUCAGGGAAGGGGUGAUGUUUGUGACCUUGGCUGCCUCGAUCUUCAGCCUGCUGCUGAUAGCAGUGGAGCGCUACACAGCUAUGAUGAAGCCUCUGCACCAGAAGUCAGCCAGGAAGACAUGUCGUAUCUACGGCCUGGUGGCGCUGUGCUGGAUCCUGGCCUUCGCCAUCGGCUUCCUCCCCCUGCUGGGAUGGAACUGCGUAUGCAGCCUGGAGAGCUGCUCCACCCUGCUGCCGCUCUACUCCAAGAGCUACAUCUUCUUCUCUCUGCUCAUCUUCUCCCUCAUCCUGCUGGCCAUCGGUGUGCUCUACGGCGCCAUCUACUGCCACGUGCGCAGCAGCGCCAAGGUGGGAUCCCAGCGCAGCCGCAAGCGAUCCCUGGGGCUCCUGAAGACGGUAAUCUCCAUCGUGGGUGUGUUCAUCAUGUGCUGGGGCCCUCUGUUCGCCCUGCUGCUGCUGGACUUUUUCUGUGUGUCGCGGCAGUGUGCGCCCCUCUUCAGUGCCGACUGGGUCAUUGCUCUGGCCGUGCUCAACUCUGCUCUGAACCCUGUCAUCUACGCCCUGGGUAGCACAGAGCUGAGGAAGGCCAUCGCAGGGCUGCUGUGCUGCUGCUGCCUCAGGGCAGGCCUCUGUCACCCUGAUGCCUUCGUGUCCAAGGAGACCAGCAGCACGGGGAGCACCAGGCAUAGUAGCCUGAGGAACAGUUUCAAUAAGGUCAGGAGUUUCAGUAUCAGCCCCCCGCCUGCACCCAAGGCGCCCAAGAAGAGCCGCCUCAGCUCCACCACCAGCUGCCUGUCUGUGUCGAGCGGUUAGACCACAAAGGGCUGCCUGGGGCAGACGUAGAUGCGAAAGAGAGCUCUCUUUGUGUGUGUGUGUGUGUGUGUGUGUGUGUGUGUGUGUGUGUGUGUGUGUGUGUGUGUGUGUGUGUGUGUGUGUGUGUGUGUGUGUGUGUGUGUGCGGGUCU